AUGGGCAGCGACGACAGCGCCCUUGCGGCUCGGCUCCUCCUAGAGCUGCCUCCUUCCGCCGGUAGGCGUGCGCUCGACGAAACCCUACCUGCAUCUUCCUCGCCGCCACCGGCGGUGGCUCGGCGGCAUCUGGCGAUUUUACUUAGUUCUUUCCGCCAUCUUUGCUUGGAUGAUUGGCAAGGUGCUGAGGCUCGACGAAAUCAUAAGCUAGGUGCAAUCGCAGCAACAACAGGCCUGAGUUCUCUUCAUGAAGCUUGUAAGACCCCAAUUGACUUCAGCAACCUGCCUACCCUCCUAUAUAAAGAUGCGAGUUUAAACUUUCCCCAUGUUCCAUCCUGUGAAGGACCAAGCGACCAAAUUAGUAGAUUACUUACAUGUCGCUGGCAACAUUCAGAUGUUCCAAGCCUAUGGCCCUUUGACAAGCUCGGUCUUCUCAUUGGAAAGCUCCAGCUUAGGAUUUUGAUUCAGCAAUCAAGGAGAUGUGUUCCAGUCGUCCGUUCCAAACGUCUUCGACAACCAACCAACCAAUGGGCAGUAUGCUUUUCAGGAUGGAACAGCUGGCACAAACUUGCAGCAAAGAAGCUACUACAAGGAGGAUCUCCAGAGCAUUGUACACAUCAACUACAAAGAGCAGAGCCACGACAAUGGGUUCUCAAUUUGAGCACAGAGCUUUCAUGUUAGAAGAAGGCCACAUGAAAAUAGAGUUCUGAUGGUCAGCAUAGACCAACCAUGGAAUGCAUGGAUUCAGACUGAUCCAACAACAUGGCCGGACCUUCCACAAACACAGCUUUUGGGACCGCAUACGAGGAUAAUUGGGCGAUCACUACCGACCUUGAAAUGAACAUGUAUAAUUACUCUCGAUAUCGCUAUGUACAUAAACCAAGACCUUACCCCUGAUGUAUAGAACUAUGAAGCAGUGAACACUACUACACCUCCUAUUAUUCAUCACCCUAUGUAUAAUUAUAACAGUGCUAAACCUGUGAACCCUAUCCGUAUAAUGUUGUGAUAACUUAUGUAAUAUUACAAUCAUGAUCUACCAUACUUAGUAUCUUUCAAUCGACAA